GCUGGCCCGCCGUAUCCGUGGAGAACGUGCUUAAAUUACCUCAAUAUAAACUACACCCAACGGCUCUUUUAAGAGCCACCUACAUAAACCUUAAGAACGAUUCGUUUAAUCAAUCAGUAUUGGUCAAGCUUAACUACACCUUAAAUAUGUCUCUUGAACAUUGAAUUUAUAAAUAUUUGGAGUUUCUGAUCUGUGCAGGUUUCGCAUAGCACCUAGAAUACAGAGAUAACUGUUGUACUUAAAUGGCAUAUCUAUGAUUAUUUCGGAUGAGGUAUAUUUAUGCACAACUGUAUUAUAUAUGAAGGUGAGCGUGAUAACUGCAACCCUCGUCAUCUGUUACUGUAGUGUUUUUACCUUUUAAAUUGUGGAGUGGUUUUGUUCAGGUGGAGUGUUUUUCUAAGUGUUUUGCUAUAUAAUUAAGGUGGUUUGACUUAAUUUGACAAUUUUCACUAAAUUGGUAAUGUCAUUCUAGUUUUAUAGCUUAACUAAAUGUUGGAGUACAAUUUGUAAAAGUCAGUUUUAUACGGAAUGUUGCCAAAAUAACAGAACUUUAAAGAAAAUAACAUUAAUUUGGCCUUUACACAAUUCAUUAAAUGUCACAAAUACCUCAGAUUUUAUUUACCAAAAAAUGCAAGACUGAAGUAAGCAAGUACUUUAUGUAUUAAAGAGAUAAUGUAAAUUCUAUUAAGUCACUUUGUUUCAGUAGAUCCCAUCCGCUGCUGAGCACAAGUCUCUCUGCAGCGCGGAAACUUGACGUAGAGCAUUCUGAUUGGACGACGCCUCUUCUGCUGAUACUUAACCAAUCAGCGGAUAGAUGGUGUGUAUAAAUGCUGCUGGUCGCUGUAGCGGCCUUAUUUCUCCUUGACUCAAGAAGAGCGAAAUACAAGAUGUCUGGACGUGGAAAGACCGGCGGCAAAGCCAGAGCUAAGGCCAAGACCCGCUCAUCCCGUGCGGGGCUCCAGUUCCCAGUGGGCCGUGUUCACAGGCUGCUGAGGAAAGGAAACUACGCCGAGCGCGUUGGCGCCGGAGCUCCUGUCUAUCUGGCGGCGGUGCUCGAGUACCUGACCGCUGAGAUCCUGGAGCUGGCUGGAAACGCUGCCCGCGACAACAAGAAGACCAGGAUCAUCCCCCGUCAUCUGCAGCUGGCCGUCCGCAACGACGAGGAGCUCAACAAGCUGCUGGGUGGAGUCACCAUCGCUCAGGGUGGUGUUCUCCCCAACAUCCAGGCUGUCCUGCUGCCCAAGAAGACCGAGAAAGCAGCAAAGGCCAAGUAAACCUUUACAGCCAAAACCCACAAACCCAACGGCUCUUUUAAGAGCCACC